AUGAGAGAGCAGGAGGCGCGGAUUCGCCACCAAGAGGAGGGUCAGUCCUCCCUGGCGGCUCACCUCGGCGCCCUGACCGACCAGCUCCAAGAUCUGGUGGAGCGACUGCCGAGCAGACCCACGGCGGCGACGCCCCCGGCCGAGGACCCUCGUCCUCAGGGGCUCCAGGUUAUUGGUCCUCGGCUGGUGUUUGGAGCUCGGCUCUUUGUCCCGAUGAUGAGUUCAGCCUCUGGACGACACUCACUGUGGUUGCUGUUGUCUUACAUCUCAGGACCGACCCCGUUCCCAGAGUUUACUGUAGUCUAUAUGCUGGAUGACAUCCAAGUGGGCUACUGUGACUCUGAGACUGAUCUCAGACUGAUGAGGGUUGGUAGUGGAGGGGAAAAGGAGGAGGACCUUGUCCUGGACCAGGAGGCAAUAAAUAUACGGGAGUUUCUUUUCUCUUCCAUGAGAAAAAGACUGACCGCGGCUAAAGAGCAGAUGAACCUUACAGCCUCAGGUGUCCACGUCCAGCAGCGGCUGACAGGCUGUGAGAUUCUGGACGGCCAGCCGGCGUUUAUCAUGUUUAGGGAUGCUGUUAACACCCAGGAUGCUGACAGCAUGCAGUACAACAUGACGCACUUCACCUACGCCAGAGGAAACAGUCCAGUGUUCCAGUGGGAUGCCGUGAGGCAGACGUAUGAACAGAUGAUCGCUACAAACCUGUUCCUUCCAAUCUGUGUUCGGAUUCUGAAUCUCCUGCUGGAGAGUGAGAAACACCUGGUGAUGCGUCGGGUUCGGCCCCUAGUCCGCCUCCUGACGAAGCAGGUGGUGGGCGGGGCUCAGCUCACCUGUCUGGCCACAGACUUUUACCCUCGCCACAUCAACCUGACGCUGCGGCGGGACGGGGAUCCGGUGGACGCAGACAGACUGAGCGGCGGCUUGGUGCUGCCCAAUGGGAACAGCCUCUACCAGAUGAGGAAGACGCUGAGCAUCGAUGAAGAGGAGCUGCAGAGGACGCACAGCUACACCUGCACAGCGUCUCACCUGAGCCUGGACAACCGGCUGGACGUCAGCUGGAGGGCCGAGUCCUCACGCUCACACAGAGUCCAGGUCCUCUCUGGUCCCCUCAUCCUGAUGGUGGCUGCUGUCAUCCUGCUGCUGGUGCUGUGGAAGAGGAGGAGGGCGUCACCACGGAAACACGGGAGCAGUCAGCCGACAGUCAGCAGUGACCACCAAACUGAGACAGAACAGGGAAACUGA